GGAUUCUUGAACUAAAUUAACCAAUUUUUUACUUCAAGAUUUUUAUAGCAUCUGAAUAGUUGAUCGGAAAACAAAAAUAAGUGAUGAUUUCUCUCGCUCUCUCAGCAAGGCUGCAAGAUUAUUCUUUUUCAAAGUGAAUAUUACCUCACAUCCAAAAUUGUCCUCUGCAUUUCUACUUCCCCACAAGCAUUUACGCAAAGUUUCUGAUACCCGUUGAAGUGAGUAGGGAGUAUCUUUUGACUUGUUUCAGAAUCGGGUUUGUUGUUGCUGAGAUGACAAUAAGAUGGCCAAGGCUUCUAACACCAACACAACUCUCACGGAUCAUUCAGAACCAGAAGAACCCACUAAGAGCCCUUGAAAUCUGUAAUGAAGCGAAAUAUAGAUAUCCAAAAUACCAUCAUAAUGGUUCUGUUUAUGCGGCCUUGAUCAACAUUUUAGGAAGCUCUGGUCGGCUGACUGAGAUGAAACAUGUUAUUAAUCAGAUGAAGGAAGAUUCGUGCCAGUGCCAUGACUCAAUCUUUGUGAGUGCUAUUAAAAGCUAUGCAAAAGCCAAAUUGAUUGAUGAAGCUGUUUUGCUCUUCAAAAGCCUUCGAAACUUCAAUUGUGUGAAUUGGACUCAAUCGUUCAAUACCCUGUUGGAAAUAUUAAUAGAAGAAUCUAAGCUGGAUCUUGCAUAUCACCUCUUUCUUGAGAAUUCAAGCUGCUGGGAAGUGAAGUCUCGGACUUUUUCCUUGAAUUUGCUGAUGGGUGCCCUUUGUCGAAUCAAAAGAUCUGAUCUUGCUUGUCAUAUAUUCCAAGAGAUGAAUUACCAAAGCUGCUAUCCGGACAAGGGAAGUUAUAGGAUUUUGAUGAGCGGACUAUGUCAAGAAAAGAGGUUCAAUGAGGCUAUUCAUUUAUUGUACUCCAUGUUCUGGAGGGUUUCACAAAAGGGCAGUGGUGAGGAUGUUCUGAUAUAUCGAACACUUUUGGAAGAAUUGUGUGAUAAUGGGGAUGUUGAUGAGGCAGUUAAGAUUCUUUCAAAGGUCUUGCAUAAAGGUCUUAAGGCCCCUAAGAGACACCGCAAACAAAUUGAUCUCACUCAGUGCUAUGACGAAGCAGAUAUAGAUAGUUUGAAGGUACUGAUCAAUGACGCUUUAAUCAAAGGCUUAAUUCCAAGUUCUGAGAGUUACAGGGCAAUGGCAAUUGAUUAUUACAAUGGAGGCAAGAUUGAUGAAGGUAACAAAGUGUUGAGCGAAAUGUGUAAUAAGGGCUUUAGACCAUCAGUGGAAAUUUAUGAAGCUAAAGUAGCUGCGUUAUUCAGAGAACAUCGAGUCAAUGAGGCGGUGGAAGUUGUUGACCAGGACAUGGCAGGUAACAAUUGUGCUCCCAGCAUUAUGCUAUAUAAUGCUCUAAUAAAAGGCUUGUGUGAUGAAAAAAAAUCAGAUUUAGCCCUCAAGUAUUUGGAGAAGAUAUGUAGGCAGGUGGGUUGUGUUGCUAAUAGGGAAACUUAUGAGAAUUUAGUGGAUGGGCUAUGCCAUGAGGGUAGGUAUGCAAAAGCAAGUAUGGUGAUGGAGCAAAUGUUGAAUAAUUCCUAUUGGCCUAGAGUUGAAACUUUUAAUGCUCUUAUCCCAGGUCUUUGCUUGGUAGAUGACUUACACAAAGCAAUUGUAUUGUUAGAGGAGAUGAUUAGUCAAGCUAAGAUACCAGAACCUUCAGUUUGGCUGUCAUUACUAGCUUCUAUUUGCCAUGACCCUGCUGAAAAUCAUGUUGUUUAUAGACUAAUGGAAAAAUUAAUAAGACCUUGACAAUGCCUUUAUUUAAAGGGUUCUUUUCUUUUA